GAAUAUUUCCCAUGAUUCCGUAGCAUCCAAGAUGGCGGACAAAGCUCAAUGUUAAAAUAUUUAUACAAGACUCGUCUUGUUUCAUCAAACUCAAGUCUUCAAAUAUAAUWUGUCUGUUCCUCGUGAAACCAUGCUUCCUCAAGGGGCUCUUAAACCACCUACCUCAGAGCGCGGGCACCACAGCACACCGAGAAGAAGUUCUUCKCGGUCUAUCAAAAGGAAAAAGUUUGAUGAUGAGCUAGUUGAAAGCAGUUUAAAGAAAGGUCCCAAGAAAGGGAUUGAAAUUGGACAACCUUUAGAGAAAGAUCCAAUGAAGGAGUUCAUGAAAGAGAAAGAAAAAAGGCCUAUGCCAGUAGUAGUCCGAUCAAGUGGCAGAAAACAAAAGAAACCAAAGACACCACAAGUAAGUAAAGACUUUGGAAGAUGGAGGCCAACAGAUGACCUUGCAUUAAUAACAGCUAUUCAACAGACUAAUGACCUGACUGCAGUUUAUCUUGGAGUAAAGUUUUCUUGUCGCUUUACCCUUAAAGACAUUCAAGAAAGAUGGUACGCUCUUCUAUAYGACCCUGUUGUUUCAAGGUUGGCCACUCUAGCUAUGAAGCAGCUUCCUUCUGAUGUUGUUGCUGCAGCACAGAACAAUGCWUUAUGGAAUAAAGAAGAAGAAAGUCUCUUGGCUAACAUACCAUCAACAAGUUCAUCACCUCUUGAAGUCUUUGAAGAACUAUUGGACAAAAACCCYUCUAUAUUUCACCCAUGUCGUACAUCUGUAACCCUGAGAAACCACUGGCUUCUUAUGAGRCAGUAUCAAUUAUUAUCUGAUCAAUCAGUACCUACAGGAGAUGGUGCUUUAAACUUUUCAGAUGUAGAAGAACAGUUGAAUGAUAAUGAACUUUUAGAACCCAAAGAUGAUAAUUUAGAACAAGAGCUCUCCAUAGCUGAUCGCAGACAAAAGAGAGAAAUUCUUAAAUUAGAGGAAGAAAUACCAAAAUGGCAGAUAAUUGUAGAUGAUUUUUGUGGAUCAAACAAGACUUCAACAGGAUCACAUAAUGAGUUUGACAACCAAACCUUAGCAGUGCUCCGAGGUCGGCUGGUUCGAUACUUAAUGCGAUCAAGAGAGAUAAUUGUAGGACGUGCCACUGCUGAUAAUCAAGUAGAYGUUGAUUUAUCAUUAGAAGGUCCUGCAUGGAAAGUCUCAAGAAGACAGGCUGUGAUACGACUUAAGAGUGAUGGGGAAUACUAUGUGGUUAAUGAAGGCAGACGGUCUCUCUUGAUUGAUGGUAAACCUAUUGGUAUGGGAGUUAAGGCAAGACUACAUCACAAUUCAACAUUUGAAGUAUGCGGUCUUCGCUUUGUGUUUCUUAUCAAUCAAGACUUGGUUGCUGCAGCCAAAGAUAGCAAACCUCAACAACAGCAACAACAGCAGCAGCAGCAACACCAACAAAGCCUUUGAUUAAUGUCAUAAUAUUGUAGUUAUAUGAUAAUGUUUUGUAAUAAUAUCAUGCAUGUUGUAAUUGAAUGCAAUGUACAUAAUAAAGACACUUCUUAGUUGA